UUCGUGGGUGAUAGCGUGAAAUUGUAUCGAUUGUAAAAAGGAAAAAUUUGGUGACGAAUAAAUUCAUUAGUUAUAUAGCUGAAAACAUUUAAUACAUAGCAUGGUGUCUACUCCCGUCAGAGUGCUAUACGUUCACAAGAAACGCCGUAUCUCUGUAGUAUAUGAGUGAUGAAUUGUACGUAACCUCUCUCUCGUUACCAGUUGGGGCGUGCGCAGAUUGUGUGUAAACAAUGUCGAAAGUUCUGCCGAGACUACAUUAUUUACUUAGAAAUAGAGAUAGUCUGAUGACAAGAACAUGUACCGGUGUCAGAAGGUACGCUACGGACGAUUCAACUAGUACAUCGACAAAGAUUCCAGGUGGAAAAGAAGAUGGGAAGAAGGGAAAGGGUGGCCCAGUAACCUGGAAAACAGUGGGUAUUACAGCUCUUGUAGGUGGUUCCCUGGCAGCUUUUAUGCUCCAUUUAAAGAACGAGAAACAACAAGCGCGCGACCGCGAGAGAAAGCGGCAGCUGGGCAAAGCGGCCAUCGGCGGUGCGUUCGAGCUCGUGGACUGCGAGGGCCGGCCGCGCUCCAGCCGCGACUUCCUGGGCCAGUGGCUGCUCAUCUACUUCGGCUUCACGCACUGUCCCGACAUCUGCCCGGACGAGAUCGAGAAGAUGGUCGCCGUCGUCGAAACGCUCGACAAGCUGGAGGACGUGCCGAAGGUGCAGCCGCUUUUCAUCACAGUGGACCCGGAGCGAGACACGCCCACCAUCGUGGGCAAAUACUGUGCCGAGUUCUCGCCGCGCAUCAUCGGGUUGACCGGCUCGCCGGAGCAGGUGCAGCGUGCCUGCAAGGCGUACCGCGUCUACUCGAGCGCCGGGCCCCGCGACGUCGAAGAUGACUACAUUGUGGAUCACACCAUAAUCACGUACCUGGUGAACCCAGACGGGGAGUUUGUGGACUAUUACGGCCAGACGCGAACUGUCGAAGAGGUCGCGAACAGCAUCCAGUUCAACAUGGUCAAAUACAAUGAGGUGCACAAGAAGUCGUGGUUCUAGUUCGCAGCACCGGCGGAGUGCCGGGGACUGCUGCGGGCCACCGGGGCGUAGCCGUUUCGAGGGACAGUUGCCGAACAUGGGAGUGCCUCGGUGGUGGCAACAGGACAGUCUGUGUUCUCGUUUUAAGCCCGCCAGAUCUUCCGGAAUUUACUUGCACUCGGGACAGGCCCCUUUCUAGUGUUGCAAUCAGAGGCAGAAGCAGGCUGUGAGUAGGAAGAAGGGUGAAAUGAUCACCACAAGUAAUAUUUCAGUGGCAAAAUAUUUCUGGUAACACGCAGGCAUUAGAUCUGUGGCAGAAACCUCAGGCGAGUAGUGGACGAGAGAGAAAUGUAUCGGUUGUGCUUUUUGUAUGCACUCUUUGACAAGCUGUUGUAUGCACUCUUUGUUCUUCUACAUAACUUUCUAGAAAGUAACUGCAGGCGAAGUAAUUACUAUUUCUAAUAUUUUAUUUUGUAGAGGAGGUAUAGUGUAUGAGACUAGUGUACGUUUCUCAGUGCUCUUUGAGAAAAAGGUGACUGUGUACCACACAUUACAUUUUCCUCAUCAUGAAACUCUGUACGGUAAACACGUAUCUUUUGUAUUGGCCCUGCUUGUAAAGACUGCUGCGAUUUUCUUCCAUCAUUCCAGUAUUUUGACAACAACAGGAUUUGAAGGUCAGUACCCACGGACUACCUACCCAAAGGAGUAAAUCCGCUGUUCAAAAACACUGAAAAAAGUUGACUUUGGAAUGUUCUGAGCACUAAUAAAUACAAAACUGUAAAAUAUUACGGACAUUCGAAAGAAAGCUGCGUGUACCUCAGCGCGUAGUGUUCAAGUAUUGUAACAGCAGUGUCAUCAGUUUGAUUCUUGCUACUGUCAACUUUUUUAUUUAUUUAUUUUCUUUACCUUUACAGGAAUUGGCUGUAGUGGUCGAAUGGGUAGAGCACUAGACUCUGGCUCUAGGGGUCCUGGAUUGGUGCAGGGAUUUUUCUUCAUUCGUAUCUCCAGGAGGGCCUCAGGUCUACUCAGCAUGCUGCCAAAAUGAGUGCUAGGGGUCACCCCUGUGGAUAAAGAAUGAGCAGGCCUAGGGUCUCCACACACCUCCUUGUGCACCAGUAGGAAGGCUGUAAUCCACCUGCAGUCAGGCUGAUAGUUCAAUCAUGGGCUUGCACCAUUGACUUUACAUUUACCUUUACUUUUGAUGUGAAUGGUAUAUUUAUUAUCAGACUGAAAACAAUGGAAAAUCCAGGAUGGAAUGUAACAAUAUUAUGAGAGGGAAAGUAGCUACUCAUCAUAUAACGCUGCUGCUGAGUCGCAGAUAGGCACAACAAAAAGACUCUCACAAAUAAGUCUUUCAGCGAUUAAGGCCUUCCAUCAACAAUACACACACACACACACACACACACACACACACACACAC